AUGAACAAUGAGAAGAACAAUAAAAAAAGAGAUAAGACAUCCAAUGAUGUCAAAAGUCUGCUCACUUAACCAAGUAUGUUGUUCAAUCAAAAGGCCGAGGAGAAUAUCGUUCAUGUGAUCUAGCAACUACAACCACUGAGGGAUGAAAAUAUAGAACUUAAAAAUACUAUACUAGCAACCUAAACUUAUUUGGAGCAACAAAGAGAGAAUCUAUCGCAAAUUAUCAGGGUAACUGAGAGCAGAGAACUGGUGAAGAGAAUAGCAGAUUUCCCAACGUUGAUAUCUAUUUUGUAGGAGGAUAUGAAAUCCAUGUAAGAAACACUAAGGAAAUGUAUUUCAAACUCUAAUUAGUAAUCUAGAAACACAAAUAUUGGCACAAUAAACUAACCAGAACGCAAUUCUCAUUAUGAACAAAUCAAAAUAGAGGUCUCAAAGCAAUCAAUAGAACUAUAAAAUACUGUUACUCGCUAGGAGGAGAUGAUCAGCCAAAAGGAUCAAACCAUAUUCUAGUUAAAUUAAUUGAUAGAAGACGAAAACAAAAAAGUUAAGAAGAAUUAAAAUACACACUUUGAACUAGUAGACUCUUACAAUGAGAAGUUGGAAGAACUUACCAAUCAAAUCAAUGAAGAAAUAGACAAGCAAGCUUAAAUGAAAAUCAAACACAUCUAAAUGAUGCAAAAAUAAUAAGAGGAACAUCACACUCAAGUGGCCAUUAAAUAGGAUCAAUACGAAUUUGCUUUGGGGGAAUUGAGAAACACUUAUGAAAAGCGUAUGGAUAAAUUGAUUAAAGACAGUGAAUUCAGAAUUUCAGAAGCAAAUAAAGCAUCCAUUAGAGCCAAUAAAGAGUUAGAACUAUUAAGAAAUAAAUAUGAAUAAGAAAUUCAGAAGAAUGAACAAUAGAUUAUCUUGAUCAAGAAUCAAUAGAUUCAAUUACAAUAAUAAUAAUAGUAAACCCACUAAUUAAGAGUGGAAAUGCAAUAACAAUCUUUGUAUCUUCAUUAAACAUAAGCCAUGAUUGCAAAUCUAAAGAAAAAUAAUAAUAUAGUACUUAAUGAAGAGCAAUAAUUGUCAGAACAGAAAAUCUAAUAAUCCCUAGAAAACUUCUACUUGAACAAUCCUACAAAUCACUUCUCAACUCAAACAUAAUUAUAAUAAGAUUUUGAACAUCAAUAAUUAUAAACAUAAACUUCCUUAUGGCCUGAUGAUAUCAGUUAGUUAUCUCCAAAUACUUUUAAAUUUAAUCUAAAAUAUGCUGAUUAAUAAACUACUUAAAUUUCUCCCAUGUCUAAUAUCAAGUAGAAUCCAGACAAGGUUCCAAUUUUAGAGUUGGAUGAAAUACUAGAAUCUAAAAAGUAAGCCUCUCUAAUAAAGAAACUCAAAAAGAAAAGAAAUCAAAGAUCUAAACACAGAGAAGAUUAACUAUACUACUACCAAAAGAAAAUUAAUGAUGUCUAUACUCCAAAGGAAGUUAAUACAGGACCUUCUGUAAAGUAAAGUGAGGAAACACCUAAUUCUAAAUUCGCUAGCGUAAACUUCACCUAAGCAUAUGCAACUCAUCAUGCAAAUCUUAGGAGAAGAAGCAAAAUAUAAAUUAGCUUCUCCAAUAAUCAAGUUCAAUAAUAAGAAUUUAACCAAGACAUUCAAACAUAGGAUAUCUCUUGCUAAACUGACGAGUUCCUAUUGGAAUACUUGAUUAUUAAUGAAAAUUAAAGAACCCUCAAUUCUCAUCAACAAGAAAGUUAGUAUUUCUCACCCAACAACAAGAAUCAGAUAGCUGCUACUAUUUUAGAUAACAGUUCUAGAAAUUAACAUCAAUUUAGUCUCUAGAUUCUGCAAAGCGAUCAAGACGAAUUUUAAAUCUAAUAGAAGGAGGAAAUCACUAUACUUAAGGAGUAGAUUGCAUCUCUUCAAUAGCAAAAUCACAUACAGGCUAAGAAUAUAACCGAUCUACAGGAGAAGGCUUCAGAAAUGCAGGAGAGGAUGAAAGAAAAUGUGAAGUAAAUGAAGCAAUAAAUUUAAAAAAGUUCAUAAGAGAACGAAACUCUGUUAAAGCAAUUGGAGAAACCUAAAGAUGCGGUUAAGAAGAAAAUAGAAUUGCAAAAGCACUUAGAAAAUUAGAUUUCUCAUAGUGAGAAUUUGCAAUUUCAAUUGAUCAAAGCAACAGAAAUCAUCAAAUAUUUUAAUAAUGAAUUAGAGAAUUAUAAGCAGAUGUAUAACAUCUUUGGAUAAGGUACCAAAUCAGAACGACUAUAGCAGAAAAAAUUGCCAAGCAUUCGUCAGCCUUCUCCGAAGAGAAAGGGUGGAGAAUGCACUCCAAGAAGAUAAUAAUCAAUGUACGAAGAGGCAUAGAGAUUAAUUGAUAAUCUGUAUGACAAAAAACAGUAUAAGAGAAAUUGA